AUGGGAGGGGGACUAUCCACAGGUUCCAGCCGUGAUCGAGAACACAACUCCGACGAUGUGAUUGAAACCGGAAAGGUCAAUGACGUCCUAUUUGACGAUGCACCAUUCUGGCACGAGUUUAAAGAAGGGGUAGGGAAGGAGUUCUACGAGAAGCCCCCAACAUUACGCCUUCUUAGACAAUCCCAGGAAAGUUUUACCAAACAGAAUUUCACCAUUCCUACAUGGAAUGGCGUGAAAAUUCCUUACCCAACGCCGACUGACCGGAGGUAUCUUUUAAAGGAUGUAGAUUUCACAAUGAUUGACGACCAUGUUUUACAGACUGGCUCAGAUCUCCUCCAAAUUGACCUUGAAGACAUCGUCACAUAUCUGCUCAAGCCGACACGAAAUGACCUUGAGAAAGUACGAGCCAUAUUUGCCUGGAUCACUACACAGAAUCUUGACAAUCUUGAUGUCAAGUGUGAAAGUUCUGAGGACAAAGGCGACAAAAUUGCCAUCAAACGCGCCAAAUCAGAGGGGAAAGGUGACAAAAUGGAGAUCAAAGAUGUCGGACCAGUGGACAAAGUCGAUAAAGAAAACUCUGGAGCGUUCUACUUAGUUCAAAUAAAGACAGGGGAAAUCGGAUAUGCUCAACUGUUUGAGAAAAUGUGCAAGUAUGCGCUGAUCCCAAGCUACAGCAUCAGAGGGUGGGUAAAAGGAGCUGGGUACGAACCCGGGGACAUGUUGAGGAAACCCAAGGCGAUGUGGUCAGCGGUUCUGUUUGGAGGUUCUUGGAGGCUCCUGGAUUGCCAUUGGAGUGCCUGGAAGGCGGUGGGUACCAAGCGCAAGGACUGGGAGGCGGUGGGUGAUGCGGGUGAGAGGAAGCAGACCCGUGGUCAGGUUAACAUGGAGCUGAUCAAAGAGAGGCAGUACCAGGAGGCGUUUUUCUUGACUGACCCAGAAGUCAUGAUCCACAGCCACCUUCCUGUGGACGACCGAUGGCAGCUUCUAGCCAGGACUGUCACCAAGGAGGAAUUCCGGCUACUGUCGUUUCUGAAACCUGCGUUCUUUGACUUGGGUUUCCAAGUCGUCGAGACAACAAGCGUGAUACAGGCGCAAGAGGGAAAGGGCUCAGUCAGCAUACGGAUCCCCAACGGUGGCUCACACAGAUUCUUCUGCCGACUGUUCCAUUCGUUGGAUAAAUCUGGGAACACCAACACCUUUGGGAAGUUGAAGUUGGAAAGAUUUGUUUUCUUGAACGUCAACAGAAAAGUAGGACUGGUCACAGUCGGGUUUGAUCUCCCUGCAACGGGUAAAUACAAACUGGAACUGUUUUGCGAGGAGAUUGACAAGAAGCGAGGCGUGUAUGAACUGAUAUCUGCUUACGCCAUCCACUGUGACAGACUAGCAAAAACCAAACCUGAACCUUACCCAGUUAAUUCACGGAUAGAGUGGGGUCCAGGGGUUGACACGGAAAGACUGGGUAUUUCUGCUCUCAGUCAUCCUUCAGGAUUAGUGGUCUCCAAAAGAGGUCAGGCUGAGAUACAUUUCCGUGUCAAACAGCAAAUGGAAUUUCGCCAUAAACUUGUACGGGGUGAGUCGAAUGUCACAACUUAUGACGAAUACGCUUUCUAUGAGUUCCGCAAAGACGUCGUCAUCUAUCACAUCAGGCUUCCAGAAAAGGGUAAGUUUGCCCUGAAGUUGUACGCCCGCCGUAAAGACGCUGUGAUGGAGGAUUUUCCAAACAUAUGCAAUUAUCUUCUGGAAAAUGAAAGGAUAUGUAUGUGGCUGGCCUCUUUCCCAGAAGCCAUCACACGAGGAUGCGCAGGGCCCACUAUCGAUUUUAGCAAACUGGGAAUGAAAUGUCUUACGGGGGAUAAAGCUUACGUAGAAACGAACUCCGGAGAACGGAAUUUGAAACUCCAAUGUUCUCAAAACGUUCUGUUAGUGCCAAAAUUAUUUAUUCUGAAAGGUAACAACAUGGUUGAUCAUUCUGAAUAUAUAAAAUUCAAAUCCAAACGUGAUACAAAGACAUUUUACUCCGUGUUUCCCGAAUCGGGCCUAUACUAUUUCAAGUUGCUAGGGGGUAGAGGAAGUGAUCAACCAAUUUAUCAUAGUCUGAUACAGGCUCGCCUUCCCAAAGUUGGAUCACUCCCAUUUCCCAAAGUCUUAGACGAUUGGAAUCCUUCUUUCGAGGUGUUGAAACCAACGUAUGGAUAUUUGCCCACCGAUGAGAUUGUUCCAUUUCUGGCUGACAUCCCGGAAGCCACACGUGUUAGUUUGACGACAGCGCCACCUACGGAGCUAACCAGGAACAAACAGGGCCUGUGGGAUGGGAGGUUACCCACCGGGAAUAAGGAGACAGAAGUUGAUUUGAUGGCCAGUUUUAAAUCUGGGAAAACGCAUGCCAUUCUAUUCACAUACAAGAUCGUUUCCCCUUCUACGAUAGAGAAGAUUAUUCAAAAGCAGAAGAAGGACUACGAUCGGGAAUUGGCCAGGCUUCGAAAGGAAGGGUUGGUGGAUGAGAAUGAAGUGGCCAUUCACGAAUCCGACAACAGCAAAAAGGAUGAAAGGAUCCGACAACGGUUAAUUUCGGCCACAAAAUCUCAGGACGAGUCUGCUCUGCGGAAAGCUGUUAAAGAGUUCCUUGACGCGGGUUUGCGGGAAAAGGAGAACGAUCUAACAGAGGCUAGAAUCGUUCUGGACGUCAUACAAAUACGUGCAGAGCUGGAUACAGCAUUCUCCACUAAUGACAUUGAUGCUCUGAAGAGAAUUAUAGAGAAAAUCGAGAGAAAGAAGUUGGAGAGAAGACUGGAGCCCCAGUUGGCUAAAGCCAGAGAGGCAGUGUGUACUGAGAGUCAUUUGACCAAAGCGAAAAAGGCAGUGAUCAACAUGGAAGCCAAAACAAUGACAGAGAUCCGCAGUUACAACCGCCCUCCUCAGGCUGUAUAUGACGUCAUGAGGGCCGCGCUCCUCCUGUUGGGCGAGAGAGAGGACAGAGUGGUGGACUGGAACGAUUGUCGUCGGCUGUGUAACCCUGUGGGGUCUAAGGGUCUAAAGAGACGGGUGGAGGUGCUGGACGUCGAGCAGCUCUCACCAGCUGCUGUCCAGUGCGCCCGGAAACUCCUAGCUAAAACCAGUCCGGACAGCGUCGGUCAGAUCAGCGCAGGCGCAGCAGCAUUCCAUACAUGGGCACUAGGAAUGAUCGAGGAAGCGGACAAAGCCAGUCCUGUGCAAGGAGACGGAAGUUAA